AUGAAGAAAAAGUACAGCGUCCUGGGCGACCAAGACCACACCAGCGAUUACAACGAAGGGGUAAGGUAUAGAGAAUAUAAAAAGAGCAUUCGGAGCAUACAAAUAAAUUUUGAGCAGUGGCUUAGCGAACUUAAGGAAAACAUAAACAGCUACGAAAAUGAUAGGCUGAAAAGGAGUACACACACAGAUUGCCCUUCAGAAUUUUUUUCCAACAAUAAAAAAAAAAUAAACGAAUUGGAAAGUUUGUACCAAAAUGGAGUACAAACUUUGGAUGUAAUGAAAAAUCAUUUUAGCCAAAAUAAGACGUACGUUUUGGAAAUUUCCAGAUAUCUGAGCAUUUUCGAUAAAUUUAAAAUUCAGUUACAGAGCCUUAAAAAUAUGUUUGACAAAAUAUGUGCACACAACAGGAUUAAUUUUUACACACAGAAGGAUUGCUCAUCUGUGGUGUACAAACAUAAUGAAAUAAAUCACGUUAUCAAGGAGAGAACUGCUCUGCAGCAUUCGAUCAGCGAACUGGACAAUAUAAUUUCCAUUGGCCAGGAAACCAACUGGAAGCUGAAGUUACAAAAUAAUGCAAUCACACAGCAAAUGAAAAAAAUUAACUUCCUAAAUGAGCAGCUACCCAAAAUACAGAAAAUUAUAAAAAAUAUCAGGUACUAUACUACCAAGCGGAAAAUUAUCCUCGCCAUUAUUGUUGCCUCGUUUAUUUUCCUUUUUUUUAUGUUAAGGUAG